GUUUAUAUUCGCCUACGCCACCCAGUGCCUGCAAAAGGACGCCAUUACUCUUGAGUCUUUAAUCUUUAAGGAGAGAGAGAGAGAGAGAGAGAGAACGCGUGAGGGAGAGACGGUAGGGGUUUCUGACUCAUCCCCAAGUUGGUGUUCUUCUGUGGGGAGGGAAAAGAUGCAGCAGGUAGAGAAGCAGGCGUCUGAACAGCAGCAGCAAGUGCUCAGGCUGAAAAGCCUCGAAAGCUUCAGCGAGACUGUGAAGGACGAGAAGGGGGACGAAGACGAGGCGUCCCGGUCGGCGCUGACGGCCUUCAGGGCGAAGGAGGAGCAAAUCGAGAGGAAGAAGAUGGAGGUGAAGGAAAGGGUGCAGGCUCAGCUGGGUCGCGUCGAGGAAGAGACCAAGCGCUUGGCGGAGAUCAAAGAAGAACUUGAUGCAUUGACAGAUCCUACAAGGAAGGAAGUAUCAUCAAUUCGCAAAAAGAUUGACAGUGUGAGCAGAGAGUUGAAGCCACUUGCUCAGGCUUGCGUAAAGAAGGAGAAGGAAUACAAAGACGCGCUCGAGGCUUACAAUGAGAAGAACAGAGAAAAAUCUCAAUUGAUUACUAAACUAAUGGAGUUGGUGACCGAGAGCGAAAGGCUGAGGAUGAAAAAGUUGGAGGAGCUGAACAGGAGCCUCGAGUCUAUGCUCAUAAAACCUUGAGAAAGCGAUGGAGGGAGAGAGUUUUAUGGGGACUUUCUGUAACAAAGUGUGUGGUUUGGUGUGUGUCUUGUGCAUUCAAUUAUUUGUUGCCGGUGCGCGUGCUUUUUUGUUUUGUUGUUUGUGGGGGUUCUUGUGAACAUUGCUUGCUCGACCUUGGAUGACUGUUAACUGUAUUAAACUUGACAUGUAAUUGACAAGAUCCAUUGAGUUGUA